AUGCUUACUUUGGUUCAAGACAAAAAUUCAGUUAAGGAAAAUAAAAAUAAUACUAAUUCUAUUGAUACAAUUAUUAAUGAUAGUUUUAUUGAACUAUGUGAAAUAAUAAAAGCUUAUUUAUCACAUUCAGAUAUUAAAAGUUUGAAAGAUGUUACUAAUUCAUGUAAAUAUAUUAAUUACCAUAUUCGAAAAGAUCCCAUAAUAAAGCAGAAGUAUUAUGAUAAAAAUGGUACUUUUAAUGAUUUGAUGAUAUGUUUUCCAUAUGAUGAUGAAAUUAAAAAUAAUUCAUGUAUAUCUAAAAUGAAAUACAUAGAAGACAUAGCAUUCGAUGAAAUGCAUAAAUUGUACGAACUUUAUGAAAAUUAUGAGGCUUUUUGUUACGAAAGAAAUAUUG